CACUCAUCCAGCCAUUCCACUCAUCCAGCCAUCCACUCAUCCAUCCAUCCAGCCAUGCAACAUUCACGCACGUGAGUGUAUUGCAUUCCAUGUGUUGGAUGUGGUGUGUGUGGGUGAGUUAGUCUGUGUGUCUGUCAGUCUACUCGGCCCCGAUUUCGUAGUUUCGGAUGUUGCCGUAGUAGGCGUCGGUGAGAAUCAUCUUCAACUCGCGGACCAACGGGUAACGGGGAUUCGUGCCAGUGCACUGACAGACAGACACCAUAUAUAUAGCCACACACAAAUGUGUCUAUCUGUGUAUGUGUGUGUAUGUGUGUGGGUGAGAAUGAUUACCCACCUGGUCGUCGAAUGCCCUGAGUGCCAUGUCGUCGACGGCGGCCAUGUAGUCGUCCUCUUUGACGCCGUACUCCUGGAUGGACUUGGGGAUCCGCAACUGCUCCUUCAGCUUCUCCAUCGCAGCAACCAACGCAUCCACCUGCACACAACACACAACACAGCACCAUCAUGCUCUCUCUGUGGCCAUGAUCAGGGUCUGUCUGUCUGUUCGGUCUCUUCGCGCUGGUUACUUACUUUCUCAGCGUCCGUCAUGGAUUUGUCCUUUGGUACGAUGGCGAUGUGCUCGGCCACCUCGGCGUACUGGCGCUGUGCCUUGGGGAAGGAGUACUGGGGGAAGGUCCCCAACUUGGUCGGCGCCUCGCUAGCAUUGAACUUGACCACCUACCGAGCCGCACACAGACACACAGACAGACAGACAGACAGACAGAGAUGCAGACAAUGGAGAGGGGAUGGAGGUGUGUGUGUGUGUGUCCACUCCACCUGUGUGAGGACGAGUGCGUUUGCGAGUCCGUGUGGGAUGGAGAACGCGCCACCCAACUGAUGAGCUAUCGAACUGACAACCACACAGCACAACACAAAUGCCUACAGUCAGUCCAUGGCUGGAUGUGUCGUGUCGUGUGGUGUAGCUGACUGGCAGAUGCCGAGGAAUGCGUUAGCGAAUGCGAGUCCGGCGAUGGAGGAGGCAUUGUGCAUGUUCUCGCGGGCGGUGGCGUCGGCCUCGAGCACCGACUUGGGCAGGUUGUCGAAUAUCAACUUGAUCGCACGCAGACUCAAGGCCUGGGUGUAGUCCUGGCAACACACACACACACACACACGUGAGCCACACACCAGACAAAACAAAACGCCCGACAGAUGCGAUCGAUGGAGGGAUGCCGUACGUACCGUCGAGAGCAUGGACACGUAGGCCUCCAACGCAUGAGUGUAGGCGUCGUAGCCCGUGAACGCUGCCAGACCCUAGACACACAACACACACAGACAGACAUUCACACCAAUUUCUUUCCUCCCUCUCCGUGGGGUGUGUGUGUGUGUGUCAUUAGGUCAUUCUGUGGACUCUCUCACUCACUCACUGACCUUUGGCAUGGUCUGGACGAAGUCGCCGUCCAUGAUGGCCAUGUCGGGUGUCAGGCGGUAGGAGGCGAUGGGGUACUUGGUGUGUGUCUUGCUGUCCGUGAUGACCGCAAACGGGGUCAUCUCGGCACCAGUGCCCGACGUCGUGGGGAUCAUCACCAAUUUCUUCACCUUGCUGCCCAGAUUCGGAAACCUGCACACACAAACACAUACCCAACACAAACCGCAUAAAGAAUGGGUGCUGGCUCUCUCCCUCCCUCCCUCGGUGUGUCCGUCCGUGUCUCACUUGAUGAUGCGCUUGCGGAUGUCGAGGAAGCGCGUGUAGAGCUCAGGGACGGUGACCUCGGGGUGCUCGUACACCAGGCGCAUGAUCUUGGAGGCGUCCAUGGGGGAGCCGCCGCCGAAUGCGAUCAUGCAGUCGGGCUUGUACUGCUUCAUACGCUCCACACCCGCCAUCACCGUCAGGUCGUCGGGGUCGGGCUUGACGUCGGCAAACACCUACACACGCGUAGGCACACACACGGAGAGAGAGAGAGAGAGAGAGAGGAAUCCAUGCGACACACAGAUGGAUGGCAUGCAAGGAGGGUUCUGAUUUCUGUUUUGCUCACGUCAUAGUCAAUGCCACGUCGCUCCAGGGCGGUCGUGAGCAGCGAAACGUAUCCCAGCGACUUCAUGGCCUGACCAACGGAACCAACGAACGACAUGGGCGGUGCCGUGCAGUCGAGUUACAUUUGUGAGUGCUGACCUGGUCGGUGACGAUGAAUGCCUUCGUGAGUCCGUAUCCCUGCAGGUCCUCCAUCGCCUCGUGCAGGAUGCCGCGGUUGAAGUAGAUGGCCGGCGGCACCUUGAACCACAACAUGUGCUCGCGACGCUCAGACACCUGCACACACACACACAGAGAUAAAGGGAGCCGUAUAUUGGUGCGUAGGCGGAUCGAGGCACACACAUCUGAUGCAUCAAUGGAAAAACGGGGGGCUACCUAACUGACUCUCUCUCUGUCUGUCUGUCAUGCAAGUCGUCCAUCCAUACCCUUUCUGCUCUGUCUUGUGGCCAGAGUGUGGCCGGGUCAACGACAACAACACUGUCGCCGCCUCCCUACACCCAUCCAUUUCAUCCAGCCCCCCACAUGCAUCACACCAACCAGCCUCCCUCCCACCCUCCCUAACUCAUUCACUCACUGCCCCCACACAUCCUUGUUCAGUUGACCCACCUGUUUGUAGUUGAGGAGGUGUUUGACCGACAGCCCCUCGGCCGUGGCGUUCAUGCCCCACGAGCCGCACCCGAGGGACAGCGAUGGGCUGGUGCGGAAGUUGUAGAGGUCUCCGAUGGCGCCCUGGCUGGUGGGCAUGUCGACGAGCACACGGCCGGUGGGCAUGCGGCUCUCGAACUUGGCCAGCCGGUCCUUGAAGACCUUGGAGUUCUGGUCGCUGUACAGACACGACGUGUGGCCCAUACCGCCGUAACGCACACACACGUACGCCAUCUCCACCGCCGCGUCGAAAUCCGGAACCCUGCACCAAACCAAACAGAGAGGAGAGGGAGGGAAUAUUAACACGUUACGUGGUGUGUUGUGUUGUGUUGUGGGUGGAUGGGAUGGCGUGUGUUGUGUACGUGAUGAAGGAGAGGCAUGGGCAGAGCUUUUCGUGUGAGAGUUUCUCCGAAGGCCCGAUCUCCUUGAUCUUGCCGAGGCAGAGGCGGACGCCCUUGGGAGCGCCCUCGAUGUUGGCCAUCUGGCAGAGCUUCUCGGCCGUCUGCCCAACCGCCUUGGGAUUCAGACGGUCGCCGUCCAGCAAUAUGAAGUCGCCCAUCUGAUCAGUGUACAGGACAGCAAAGCACUGUGUGCGGCGUGGCGUGUGUGGCAUGUGUGGGGGGGAUGGGUACCUACCUUGUGUUUCUCCUCCUCGGUCAGGAAGUAAGCGCCUCGCUUCGUGAACUCCUCCUCCACCCGCUUGGCCACAGACUCGACAGCUACCACGCACUGAUCACACACACACGACACACAAUGGACCGACCGCUCCUCCAUCCAUGUGUAUUCGUUGUCGGGUGUGUCGCGUCACCUGUUCGCUGGCGCAGAUCAUGCCGCAGUCGAAUGUCUUGCUGAGGAGGAUGGAGUUGACGGCCAGCGGGAUGUCGGCCGUCUCGUCGAUGACCGCCGGGGUGUUGCCCGCGCCACCGCCCAUCGCUGGCUUGCCUGACGAGUACGCCGCCUUGACCAACCCUCCAGCACCUACACACAAACACAUAAGGAGUGUGUCUGCUUAGGACGAAUGUGUGCACUCUCGUGUGUGUGUGUGUGUGUGUGUUUGUGAUGAUGAGGGGCAGGUACCUACCAGUGGCGACGACCAUGGAGGCCCUCUUGUGCUGCAUGAGCGUGUUGCACAUCUCGACAGUGGGGAUGUCGAUCCAACCGAUGCAGUUCUCAGGCGCGCCAGCAUCAACGGCCGCAUCCCUAACACACAACACAACACAACACAACAAGACGAUAACAAAGAUGCGUUCUGUGUGUCUGUGGCCUCACGAGUGCCCCCCUCCCCCCGCACACGCACCUGACGAUCUUUGCGGUGGCGAUGGUGCACCGUGCGGUGCGUGGGUGCGGCGAGAAGACGAUGCAGUUGCGGGUCUUGAGCGCCAGGAGUGACUUGAAGAUGGUCGUCGAUGUGGGGUUGGUGCAGGGCACGAUGCCCGCCAGCACACCGAUGGGCUCCGCCACUACCUCGAAGCCGCCGGCCUCAUCACGGUCAACCACACCACAGGUCUUGGUGUCCUUGUACCUGCAGGUAUGUACCACACCACACACAAGACACACCACAUCACCCACACCGAACAUGACGCGGCCCGGUGCGUGUGCGUGUGUGAUGCAUGCCAUGCCAUGGGUCACCCACUUGCUGUGGACGUAUUCGGAGGCGAAGUGGUUCUUGAUGGUUUUGUCCUCCAGGAUGCCCAUGCCGCCCUCCUCGACGGCCAUCUUGGCGAGCGGCACACGGUGCUGGGCGGCAGCAGUGGCGGCACGGUGGAAGAUCUUGUCCACCUGCUCCUGGUUCAACAAACGCAUCUUGUCCUGCGCAACGUACACCUGAACAACAGUCACAGACAACACAACGACACGAUAAGAGAACGGACACGUGGGGCUUUUGGUGUCUGUUGUGCGUGUGUGCUAUGUGCAGCUGACCUCUUCCAUGAGGAGGUCGAGGUCUGCGGGCGUCCUGACGACGCCCACACUCUGAGAGGGCUGCACCUCUUGGGCCAUGCUGUGCUGUCACUCAAUCUCGAUGAUGUACAACACUACUAAGCUACUCGGAUGGGCUCUCAAACUCAAACAAGGUCAACAGCCUCUGAACAGCUGCUGCGAUGCGUUCCGUGACGCC